AUGGUAGCAAAUACACCCGUUUUAACUGUUGAUAACAUCAACCCCAAUAUUCGUGACAUGGAAUACGCUGUGCGUGGUCGCAUUGCUAUUCGUGCUGAAGAAAUCCGUGACCAACUCAACAACGGCGAACAACUUCCUUUCAAGGCCGUAGUCAACUGCAAUAUUGGUAAUCCACAACAACUUGAACAAAAGCCCAUUACUUUCUUCCGUCAGGUUGCUUCGCUUUGUGAGAAUCCUGAAUUGUUGGCUGCUGACAAGGAAGCUAUUGUCUCACAAUUAUAUCCAUCGGAUGCCAUUGCUCGUGCACGCAAGCUCAUGUCCAUGAUUGGUUCAAGCACAGGUGCCUACUCUCAUUCACAAGGUGUGGCAGGUAUUCGUCAAACGGUGGCACGCUUCCUUGAAGAGCGUGAUGGCCAUCCCGCGGAUCCCAAUCACAUUUACUUGACACAAGGUGCCUCCUCUGGUGUACAAUCCAUUCUUUCUAUUAUGACACAAAACAACCAAACCGGUAUUUUGAUUCCCAUUCCUCAAUAUCCAUUGUAUUCCGCAACCUUAACACUCUUGGGUGCCACGCCUGUGCCCUAUUACUUGGAUGAAGAUUCUGGUUGGAGUUUGGAUGUUGCAUCUUUGGAAAAGACCGUGAAUGACGCUCGCAGCAAUGGUACGGAUGUGCGUGCUCUCGUAAUCAUCAACCCUGGUAAUCCCACCGGCCAAUGCUUGAGCGAAGACAAUAUCCGUGAGAUCAUUGAAUUUUGCGCCAAGGCCAAACUUGUCUUGUUGGCUGAUGAGGUGUACCAAACCAACAUUUACGAACCCGAACAACGCCCCUUUGUGAGCUUUAAGAAGGUAUUGCGUGAUCUCAACAGCCCUGUUGAAUUGGUAUCUUUCCAUUCCAUCUCCAAGGGUAUGAUUGGUGAAUGUGGUCGUCGUGGUGGCUACUUUGAAUGCUGCAACUUUGAUGAGGGUGUGAUGCAACAACUUUACAAGAUGGCAUCCGUUUCCUUGUGUCCCAAUGUCCCAGGCCAAAUCAUGGUUGACUUGAUGGUCAAUCCUCCCCGACCCAACGAUCCCUCGUACCCCACGUACAAUGACGAAAUCCAAGGUCUCUAUGAAUCCCUUCGUCGCCGCUCUAAAAAGCUUGAGGCGGCGUUCAACAAGAUGGAAGGUGUCACUUGUCAACCAGCCAUGGGAUCCAUGUACUUGUUCCCAAGAAUUCGUCUCCCUGCUAAGGCCAUUGAAGAAGCUCAAAAAGAAGGAUUGGCUCCUGAUGCUUUCUAUUCUGAAAAGAUGUUGGAGGCCACAGGUGUUUGUGUCGUACCUGGAUCUGGUUUCUCACAAAAGGAGGGUACCUGGCAUUUCCGCUCCACCUUUUUGCCACCCGAACGCUUGUUUGACGACUUUUGUCAGGAUAUCCAACGAUUCCACAAUGACUUUAUGGCUGCCUACAGCUCAUAA